UUUGAAGAAAUCUUUUUCGAAGCAAAAGGAAUGUGACGUGAUUCAGCAUUCGUUUCACAAGAUUGAAGGCGGACAUCUAAGAAGCGUUUUGAAGGGGUAAAUCAAGAUAAAUCUCAAAGUGGUGGGUGCUGUGAUAUACAAGGGUUGCAAGAGGGACAAGAAAGCCAAGAGCGGGGUCGCGACGAGUGGCUUUUCUCCCGAUUGAGAAAUAGAGAUAUCGUCGUAGAAGCAGCGCAGAAGGUUGAUACACACAAAGUGGGGACGUUCUGGAAAUGGGUCAAGAGUGUUUCUGAAGAAUGACGAUGGCAGUUCUCUGUCUCCACUUAAUGUGUUGAAUAAACCGCGCGAGAAAUCAACGGAGUAUAUUAUGCCGAGUUAUCGCAAAUAUAUUAUUAGUCAUGCUAAAAAAAGAGACAGUUCUCUUACCGAAACACUGCGAAUCCAAAUUGUGCCGUUAAUGUAAUAAGUGUGAGCGAGGUAAAUGUGCGGACUGUUUUGGUAAAACUAUAACUUGUUUAAUUAUUAUAAAUUAAAUUCGCGAUUUCAUGAUAGUCGACUAUUUUUCAAUUAUUAAUAAUAAAAAUCGAUUUUCAAGUAAAUUAAAAACUAAUGUGAGGUGAUUAGAUUUUUAACUCGGAGUGCUAUAAAUCAAAUCGUGCUCACUUUCUCGUGAUUUUACGAUCCUUUCAAAAAUAUGUUAUUCCUGUGUGUUAAUUUCCAGAUUAACAAAUUCGAAAAAAGUGCAACGAUGUUAAUACCAAAAAGCUAGCUGAUCUUCACGAUUUAACGAAAGGCGAACUUGGAAAUACAACGAAAAUCACAACGCGGAUGCUCAAGUUUAAUGACGCGCAAGAAAUGCGUUUAUCGCAGCGGGAAUGCAUCCAGUCGAAGUCGAUCCACAUGUUGAAGACAGCGGAUUGUCAAUGUGAUCGCAUCGUCGCCUCCAUCCUCGCCGUUUGUCUUGGGAGGACAUAAUCCUCUUCUCUCACGCAGAAAGAUCCAUCAAAUUCUCAAUCAUUUUCAUGGUUUACGGAUCGCGCAGAGUUACGGAGUCAGCAACCACCACGGGAAUCGCUUGGCUUCACAAUAUUACCGCCCAAGGCGAAAUGAGCAACAGCGGUGGAUUCGGCGUCGGCGUAGGCGUUGCCGGCGGGCCGACCCUCGCAGCCGCUCAGCAGGGUCAAGGGGUGGCUGCCCUCUUGGUGAUGCUUGCCGUUCUCUGCUUCAUCUUCGCUUAUUGCUGCUGGGGUGCGCCUUUCUGCCGGUCCCUGUGCAGACGACAUUGCUGCUGUCGUCUAGAGGAUCCCGAACCGGAUCCGCGGUUCGGUGGCAGCGAUCAGGCGAUGGUUGCAACCCCGACGAUUAUUCUCCUGCCGCAUGGCAGAAUGCUCGUCGUCGAUGGUACGAUCUUCACACAGUUCCAGGCGGAUCCCACGGGUUUGGAUUUAGUGGAACUGGGCGACAGUGUGUUACGUGCUCAGAGAAACCCACGAAGCGUAAAUCGCCACCAGUUACAAAGUAGUCAGGGUAGCAUUCUCGAAAUGGACGCUGAGACACCCAGUAAGGACAGUUUAGGUUCUGUAGGAUGCUUUCCGCCACCUACCUACGAGAGUAUUUACGGUAAAGAGGAGACUGAUAUGCCUCCUUCUUACUCUGACAUUCUCCUGCACAGAUUUGUUAAUCUGCCGCACGAGAUCGACAUGCGCAGUUACUGUCGAGACAGCAAAGAGGAGAUCGAGAUGCAAAGUUUAGAUAGUUGCCCACAUAUCAUCGGUAACCCGCUGAACUCGGUACCCGGGUAUCACCCUUACGCCACGGUGACGAGUCUGUCCAGCUUGCAGAGCUACCCACGACGGAAUGUCUCACGCAAUCCGUCCAUUAUCAGCAAUCCGCUGGACAAUUUUUACGUGGACAAUGAGCUGGGUCUUUAUCGGCUCAGUCGGGAAACGAUGCCACGAGUUUCUAGUAACGAUGCGAAUCUCGAGACUUUUCGCGCAUCCCACGACGAGGUGUCGUUCCGUAUUCCGUUCGACGAGAACGAAAACUAUCGACAGGCCGGUCGCAAUAAUCACCAGAUCGCCGGCAACGAGUUGAUGAACACGAGAAACCGCGCUCGCAGCGCAUCCAGACUGAGCCAAGAUAGCCGCAGGAGUUCGUUAAACCGAGACGGAGAUCAACAUCAGGUCUUCGUCAGAUUGCCCGACUCCGAGGAGGUCGACACUGCUAUGCGAGAUAGAUGUGUCGACGAAGAUCAGCGCCCUCGAGGAUAUCGCGAAGAUCAAAGCACGAGGAAUCCGCGCCUGGAUCAUUCACAACUGCAGGAUGAAGUCAACCGCAAUGUCGUUGAUGACGAUCCUAGGUAUUUUGCGAGAAGACGAUUAGAAGAUGAAGACAGAAGUCGAGACGAAGCCGAAGGAGUUCAAUUUCCCGACGAAGAAGCUGGUAAUUUUGGCGCACUCGCCGAUAUUCGCGAGAGCAGAGUGUAACUUAACUUUAUAAUUGUACGUAAUUCUCUCUCAGAUUGAUAAGAAGAGUUUAAAGUUCGGAUUUCUUCAACUUUGAGAUGAGAUUUUCAAACGUACAUACAUAGAAGAUUUCUAAUUCUUUUUAAAACUUAAAUCUCUAAUUAAAUAUCAGCGCUAAUAUGAUUUUAGUCUCUUUUUAAAACUCUUUAAUUUUUCGCCCAAAGAAUGUCACUUAACUCAUGUCCUUUAUACCAAUUUUAAAUUUGAUAAAUGUUAUACAGUGUUUCACAUAACAGGUAGGGUGUACGAGAGUCAGGUGACAAAAAGUUGUUGCGAUAAACUGUGAAGAUAGAAGUUAUUAGCAUAUUAUUUUAUUUUUAUUUAUAUAAACAAAUUGAAAUCCAGAAAAAUUGGAAAUGGAGUCAAGAAGUUGUAGUUAUAAGUAUCACAUUGUGCGGAAAAUAUUAUACCAUGAUGUUAAUAUAAAUUAUAUAUACAUAUAUAUACAUACAU